GACUGGCAGGUGAUUGGAAGCCGAAAUAUGCUCAGGUGUAUCUGUGCGGGUGACUCGAAGGCCACCUUCAGGCCAUUGGCCCUAACACCUCGGAGACUGGGUCAUCUGAGCAUAACGGUGCGAGUCCUCGCUCUGCCUGGCUCCCCUGUGUGCAGUGAGGGGACGGAGACUGGCGCGGACGCGGGUAUAUCGAUCGAAGACACAAUUCGUCGGCACAUUCUCGUGGUACCCAGCGGACAGGAGAUUGCCACCACUGUGGGCGGAUUGCUGUACAAUUUGAAUAGACUCCUACCCCUGCCGGAAGGUUCAGCUGUGCAGAGCGUGGUCACAGUCUCCGCCGGUGUCAAUUUUCUCAAAUAUCUCUCCUCGACGGCAAAUAUAACUGAACAGGAGGUCAAAAGCCUUCUGAAAUCAGCCCUCUGGCAUAUUCACAUCGGUUAUGCAAGUCUUUUGGCCUUUAGUCAUCAGGAUGGUUCCUUUUCAUCGCUUGGACAGCAUUCAACACCUUACGGAAGUACCUGGUUCACCGCUCUGGUGUUUGGAGUUUUGAGUGAGGCUGACGAAAUAAUCAACGAGUUGAAAUCUCGGGGUCUGCAUGUGGUCAGCCUGGACCCUCUUUCCACGCUCUCGGAGGCCUUCGACUUCCUUCUGACAGUACAGCGUGCUGAUGGAUGUUUUAUUGAACACGACAUCGCGUCUCGCAGCCGACUGCCUGUCAGCUCUGUUUCAGACAAUCGGACUGCCGAACUCGCUCUAACUUCCUACGUUCUCUCAGCGCUUUCAGACAUCGUCGACAUCCAGAGGAUAGGAAACGCCUCCGCCUACGAGGCUAGUGUCCGUUCGGCUGUAAUGUGCCUUCUGACCACUGUCAACGCCCUUGACCCCUCUCGGCUGCCUACUUCAGUACUGGCCCUUCUUAGCUUUACACUCUCUCGUGCGCCAACCGGCGUGUCCGCGACGGACCAGGACCGCGUCCAAGGC